AUGCACAAGCGCAAGCGCGAGGACGACACCAAGGUCCGUCGUCGCGAGCAGUGUCGAGCCAACCAAGCCCGAUACCGAGACAAGCAGCGCAACGCCCAGCUGCAGCUCGAGCAGAAUGUGGAGCUACUGCACCAAGAAGUCAGCAACUUGAAGCGAAGGUACCAAGAUCUGUCGUCGCGCGAGAGGAGCAGCCAGAGUCCCUGGAGCAUCGUGGCGGAGGUCUUCCACCUGCUCGAGAGCAGCUACCGGUCGCCCUGGCGCAUGACGAGCACCAAGGAGAUGAUGAGCCACCCGCAGACGCGACUGACGCUGGCUGUGCUGGAGAGGGCCUUCGCGCACGACGCCGCCAUGGGCGAACGACGCGGCGCUGACGCGCUGAUGGAGCAACUGCGACUGUACUCGCAGUGCUUCGGCGACCCUCGCCUGCAACUGAAGCGCAUUGAGUCCGUGUUUGCUGGUGUGAUGGCUGCGCGCGUGAGACUGAGUGUGACGGUGACGGAGUUCACGCUGAAGCACGUCUUCCCGCACCCGGAAGCAAAGGGCGGUGAAGCCAAUGGCCAAAGGCUGUACGAGCGUCUUCUCGGCCAGCGUCUCGAUCUCGACUGCACGAUGAACUUCCUCUUCGACGACUUGAGCUGCCGUGUUGCUCGCUUAGAGACUAAGGUUGAUCUGAUGACACCGUUGCUCCGGGUGCUCGGCAGUCUGAAGGAUGUGGCGAGCGUUCUCGAGAACGCCCGUGUCUCCUCGGAGUGCACCAUCGGUAGUCUCACUGAUUGA